AUGUGCCACUUUCAGGUCUCCUCACACUGCUGGUGUGUUCCAUUUUUUUGUCAUAGGGUGCUGGCAGAUUACGGGCCUCCCAUAGCUGCUGCCAGGCCCCUAAUCUGCCAUGGGCCCCUGUACCGCCUCCUCAUGCUGCUGCCAGGUCCAGAGUCUCUCAUGGGUCCCUGUACGGCCUCCCAUUGCUGCUGUCUCCAUCGCCACACUCUGCCAUGUGCCACUUUCAGGUCUCCUCACACUGCUGGUGGUUUCCAUUUUUGUCAUAGGGUGCUGUAUGGCCUCCCAUUGCUGCUGCCUCCACCGCCACACUGUGGCUCCACACUCUGGUUUUGGCCCCGUGACUGCCCAAAUGAGUGAAGUGUGCGGUGAUUCUAAGAUCGACGGCACUCAUCUGCAUGUCAUACUG